GCGCGUUGUAAACCUAGGCAGCAUUUUAUGUAUAAACAAUUUGUAACCUGAAAUCGCUGUUUACCUCUCUUUCUAACUAACAUAUUUGUUAGGCCUGAGAUACACUUGUAAGUUUUACUUACGUAAGUAGGGACACAGCUAUACUAUAGAGUGAGAGAUAAAUAUCAUUAUCUCAUUCAAACAAAUAGCUUUGUCCUUACUUACGUAAGUAAAACUUACAAGUGUAUCUCAAGCCUUAGAAAAAGACACAUAAGUACAGUUUACAGCGUUUUAUAGAACGUGCACCUGGUCAUUGCUAUUGCACGGGAAAAUCCAACUCGAUGUUGAUAUGCAUUGGACCAGUCAUUAAAUCCUACAUGUGAAAACCGGUAUCCCUAUCACAAACCAAGCUAUCAGUCACUUCUAUCGUUUUUCACCUGCACCUAGCUAAAUAUUACAAGUUUUCCUACUAAACUACACGUUUAACGUCAGUCCACGCACUAACGCGGCGCGCGCGAGUCGUGUAUCGUAUCUAAAAUAUAAUUAUAUAAACAUAAACAUUAUCUGAUCUUGUGAAAAUGAUAAAAUUGAUAAAAUUAUGAUAGCAGACGCUUUCAGAAGUCAGUGUUUUGUUUUCUCACGGGCAGUGCGGGUGACAGUUGGAAUAGUGAAGUGAUUUGAAAAUGGAAAUGAAUACGACACAAUUCGAUUGGUUUAGCACAACUAUGGUGCCUGACAGUAUUCCGGUGACAGAAAGCCCUGAUAUAACGACAUGGCUGACGAAUAUAUUUUUGCAGCGCGCGGCAACCACCGGGAGCUUCUGGCAGGGCUUCCUCGCAUCACUAUCUGUGGUCAUCGUCUCCGAGCUCGGCGACAAAACCUUCUUCAUCGCAGCCAUCAUGGCCAUGAAGCACCCUCGCGUCAUUGUCUUCGCUGGCGCCAUAUCUGCCCUCGUCUUCAUGACGAUCCUCUCUGCCGCUUUUGGCUGGAUAGCGACGUACAUACCGAGGAUAUACACGUAUUAUAUCAGUGCGGCGUUGUUCGCCAUAUUUGGUAUAAAGAUGCUCAGGGACGGGUGGAAGAUGGAUCCGAAUGAGGGCCAGGAGGAGCUGGAGGAGGUGCAGAGUGAAUUGAAGAGGAGGGAGGAUCAGGACGAAAAAGAAGAGACCUUAGACAUGCUAGAACAGGGUCAAGCAGAGAACCGACGGCGGAAACGAAACGCCGUUAUCAAGGUGCUCCUCCAAGCCGCAACCCUCACGUUCCUCGCCGAGUGGGGCGACCGGUCGCAGCUGGCGACGGUGGUGCUGGCCACGCGCGAGAACGCGGUCGGCGUCGUCGUCGGCGGCUCGCUGGGGCACGCGCUCUGCACCGGCCUGGCGGUCAUAGGCGGCCGGAUGGUAGCACAGAAGAUUAGCGUUAGAACUGUGACAAUAAUCGGUGGUCUCGUGUUCCUGUUCUUCGCCGUGAGCGCGCUGUUCAUCGGCCCCGACUAAUAUAGACAAUAUGUACCGUGUAAGUGACAUGUAAUGUAUGUUGUAUAGUUCCUUUGUGCACUUAAAUAUACGGUCCGAGAACGCUAGUUCGAUCUUAUAUAAUUGUUGAGAGAUCGAAUCUAAUGUACAGUGCAGUUCAUAAAUAUUUAUACAUUUGUGUCGUCAAGCGAAAGGUACAUUGUCGCUUGCCAAAAGAACGCUCUGACAGGUUCUUCGUAUACAGGUAUUUCGUUCGUUUGGUAAGCGACAGUGGUACCUUUUCACCGAAAAGUCACAUUUUUUCCUUUGCUAAUGCUGCUAUGGAUUACGGUGAAAAAAUGUAUACAUAUUUAUGGACUCUAAAAGACGUUACUAAAAGAAUUUUUGGAAUGUCGAAGAGAGUGUAGAGAAAUUCAUGCUUCGAAUUUGACAGCUGUCAUAGACAGCGCUGUACGACCCCGUUUGACUACCUAUUAGAGAAAUAAGUAAGCAUAGUGUGCUCACUCCGUACACGACGUCGCGACAUCUAUUGUCAAGUGUACUAAUAAAUCCGCUACUCGACGCUAGAUGUCGACUACGAAAAUAAUAAGUGUUUUGGUAAGAAAUCUGAUGUAUGGAGUGAGCUCUCUAUGCUACCGACUUACCACAAUAGUACAUUUCGUUGCUAGUGCGGAAAGUAUGGCAUUACUCCACGAGUACCGAGAUAUAAAUAGAGUAGCACUUUUUGAGCAACUGUAUGAAAAAGUAUGUUUUGUGGCGUGGCACAGUAUCUACUUCAGCUGUCAAAGUAAGGGAACAAUUUUCUCACUUAUAUCAUCAGUAUCCUCUGCUCUUCAUCAAUAAUAUCGACCCAUAUUGGCUUUCCAUUAUCAGAGAAAGGUGCUUUCAUGUGCUCGAGGAACCUUUUCAUCAGAUAAUUUUCCUUUAGCUGCAUGUGCAAGGACAGUUUCCUUCAGUGAAGGAUUCUUAUUGACAUGGAGCAUACGGACCCUUCUCUGUUGGAAAGCCACAUACCUGUCGAUAGGGGCUAAUUUGAAUGCCUCGAAGUCUAAGAGGGAUUCUUUAUCACGACUAUUCUGAGAAUUUACGUGCAUACUGACCAAAGAGAAUUUGAAAUAGAGCUGGAUUGUCAAAGAAAACUUUCUAACCACAGAAAAUUUACUGCCAUCUUUCGAUACAUGAUUAAAACUUUUAGAAUGCCAUUUGACUUUGGUACUUAUUUUUUCUAUGUGUUAAAUUUGUUAAAUAUCAAAAAGUGGUGCCAUCUUAAAGAUCAAAGGCCAAAGGUGCGGCGGCAUCGUUUCGAGCGAUGGCGCCACAACCUUUAGCCGACGCCCGGUAAGAUGGCGCCACUUUUGGAUAUGUAACAAAUUUAACACAUAUCGGUGAAAAAAUAAGGACUUGACGGCUCUCUAAAAGUUUUAAUCAUGUGUCGAGAGAUGGCAGUAAAUUUACUGUGGCUACAAAAUUAUCUUUGUAAAUCUACCUCUAUUUCAAAUUAUCUUUAAUACUGAUAAACUAUAGAAUGAGAAUUGUUGUGUCAAAUUCAAAAAUGUACUUAUUUUUUCGUCGUGCACAUGUAAAAUUGCUGUAACUAUCAAUAAUAAUUAAUAAUAAUUUUAUUGUCCUGUCAGUCCUACAGUGUCAAAUUCUUUUACGUGAUGAAUACCAUUUAAGCCAAAUCUCAUAGAACAAAACUAGAGACAGGUAAAACCUAUGCAGGCGCUAUCUAUCAGUACCUUUAUGGCCGUUGCCAGUGAUAUGCGAUUUGUAAUCCUGGACAGAAUGAAAAUCACGAAUACCUACAUAAUACUAUGAGUAUGAUACAAUUGUAAAAAUCCCUACGUUUCAUGAAGGUAUAACUUAUAAUGUUACAGGCAUAUUCGCCAACACACACCUACUGAAUAUGUCACUGUCAAACAGAUGCUAGUAUAAGUCUACAGUUGCAAUUGUGUUGCCACUUGUAAAAUUGUAACUUAGAGCUUUAAAAAAUCGGGCCAAAUAAGCCCACUCCACACGGGACAAUUUUUCGCCAAUCUGAUUAAAUUGUCCGAUCAAAUCAGGCCGUGCGGACGCAAACGCCAAUUUCAUUCGCCGAUUCCACUUUACUCGAUUGUAAGAUGACUGAUAAAAUGGUGGUGCGGAUGCAAUUUCUGAGGCUAGUAUGUGCAUUUGGGGGAUCAUUUUUAAUUUAGAGCACUUUAAUGUCACCAUAAAUCUAAAAUUGUGUACAUGUGAGGUUGGUGCUAAUCAGUGGAUUUGAUCAACCCGUCUGAAAGAAAGAAAUAUGUAAAUUGUUACGGGCACGCAACGCAAGGAAUGUGGCAGUAGACAUGUACCUAAUUCCGUACAUCGCACUCGGGGUGUUCUGGUGUCUUUCUGCCUACAGUUUUAGCAAAAAAACCUGUUUUAAAUGCUCGUUAUUCGGUCCUCAACUAUUUAUAUUACUUGAUAAAUCUAGCAAUGUUUCGUAAAGAUAGUCUGUGAUAUACCUAAUCUUAUUUCGUUAAUAACAUGUCUGAAUGUCGUAGAGUAGAUAUCUCGACCAUUACUUCGCGUUUAAAUUACUCGAGUGAUAUCUAUAGAUAUCUGUAUGGCGUUCUACAGGAUGUUCCAGAAUUAGUAAAGAUCAAUAUAACGUAAAUGUCCCAGUGACGGACACUGUCCGAAUAAUUGCUACAUCGAAACCUAAUUCUAUGCAAUGUAGAUGACAGACUGUAUAGAAUUAGGCUGACUAAUACCCAACAGGCUGACAUCUAGUGUUGGUAGGAACAUGAGUCUUUUGAGUCUGAAAUUGAAAGAACACGACUCGUUUUUAAGAGACUGUGCUUAAAAACCUUCCGAGUCUUUUAAGCCUAGAGGCGAGUCCUUCGAGUCCUUUUUAAGAGCCACUCAAAUGGACUCGAGUCUCCGAAUAAAGACUCCGUCAACAAUUUUAUACGUUAUACCUAAAUAACUGUAAAUAAAUUAGGGGUUUUUGUAUGAUUUGUGUACCUAAUCCACGAAUAUUACUUAAAGACAAUGCAUUUCGACAUUUUGCAAACAAAAAAUUGAGUUUUCUCUGAAAAGGACUAAAGUCUCUACAAGACUCGGGCCUUUAACAAGUUGAAAAGAACUGGAGUUUAGACUUAAUUAUGUGAGUCUGAAAAACUGAGUCGAGUUUCAAAUUAGACGACUCAUAGGACUCGAGUCUUAACCAACACUACUGACUUCUACCUUAUUAAUCAAAUAUUCGUUAUAAGUCUAAAAAAUGCAGGUCAACAUUUAUUUAUAAUAUUUUUCGCACCAAGAUUUCUCAAUUUUUAAAACAGCAAAAUCUACACAUAUUUUUCUCAAAUGUAUCUUGUUUAAAAAACCUUACUCGAGUUCGAGACUAAAAUUUGGGAGGAUCAAACUUCUUAGAAACGAAUGCCAGUAAAUUUAUGAACAUUGUAUAGUUAUCUGCAAAGGACUGUAACUUAUCUUUGAAAGAUAUUUUACUAGCUGUAAUGUAUGUAUGUAAACUAUUGUUAAUACCGAUUAAGUUUAUUUUUUAUAAGUACAAAAGUGAACGCCGUAUCAUGUUUGAUGCUUUUGUUAAGUGUUGAAUUAUUUAAAGUAUUAUUUUUUAUGUAAAAUUGAAAUAAAAAUAGAUGUAUAUA